CGACUUUACAUUUUGUAUUGAACUACUGAACUGUCCGUGUCAGCCUGGCUGGAUGGGGAACUACUGCAACACACAUUGUGACAAGCCGUGUGUCAUGGGUCAUGGGAUGUGUCAUGGAUUUGCGGAUGACACGCAAAACUAUUGCAACUGUGAACAUGAGUGGGAGGGAGAAUUCUGUGAGAAUGUUAAGCCAGACCCAAGAGCCCUCGCCGUGAAGGCCCAGGAACAAGAGCACCACGCGCGAGUUAUGGCCGGUGUGCUGACGGCGUGUGUCGCCUUUGUGUUGCUGUUGGCCAUCGUAGUUCCUGUUGUGUUGUGGCGAUUGAGGGUCAUCUUCGUCAUCAAACUCGUCUACUACUUCAAGGAGUACGAGGAUUCGGAUGGUAAACAGUACGACGCUUAUGUCUCCAUGACGCCAACUGCCAGCGCUGAAAAAUUUGUUUACAACGAACUGAGGCCGGUCCUGGAGGAUCGUGGGUUCAAGUUGUACAUUCAGGCCAGGGACAGCCCUUCUAAUGAAGCCUUGAGUGAUAUAAUACUGUCAGCCCUGGAAAAAAGUAGACGAACGAUAAUGGUGGUGACGUCAGAUUAUCUCAGUAAUGAGUGGAACAGAUUUGAGUAUUUGAUUGCCCAGCAUGAGACCCUGAAGCUCAAACAGAGGAUCAUCUCAAUCAUUCUGGAAGACAUUGAUAAGGAACAAGUGAAGCUGGACAAAUCGUUGAAAUACAUUUUAGACUCUGUUAAAUGUCUGAACCACCCGCGCCUGAAGCAGCAAACUGAUGCACAGAGACCUGAGCUUGGAGAACCUUCAGCCAAGAGUGAUAAAGAAAUCUGGCACACAGAGAUGAGUGAGAAAAGUUUCAAGUCCAGUAUCUCUCAAGAAAAAGUGGAGUAUGAGAAGAGAGAGAAGAAAUUCUGGCAACGGCUUGAGCUCAGCAUGCCCAAGAAGAAAAAACAGAACAAAAAGAAGGCAAAUAAAAAAACUGUUGAAAAUCCUAAAGUCAAAUCUACAUGUAUAGAAAAGUUUGGAGCCAAGAGAAAUCUUCCGACUAAGGAAGACGCGAAGGUUGUUACUAUUGGUUUCAAAAUGAACAAUUUGAAUGAAAGUUCUGGAAUGCCAUGCAGUAAUUUGGAAAACAAGUUCUUGAAUAUUCUAAAUGGGGAGCCAUGUGUUACUGAUCCCUCAUCCUCAAGGCCACAGUCAACUGAAAUGGAAUCUACCUCAGGGCCACAGUCAACUGAAAUGGAAUCUACCUCAGGGCCACAGUCAACUGAAAUGGAAUCUACCUCAGGGCCACAGUCAACUGAAAUGGCAUCUGGCUACUACAACACCUCUCACAGCAUAGACUUUUUGUUAAUGGAAUUUGGUGAAAUUUUUUUUUAAGCAUGAAUUCUGUUUUAAACUGAUUUGAACUAGCUGAUGACAACUAAAGUGUAAGUUACUCGUCAGUUUACCAGAAAAGCACAAACUAUUUUAUUUUUUGAUGUAGUUACUUUUUUGCAAUUGAUACAGCUAAACCAUUUAAGUCCUGCAACAUGUAAAAACAGCCAUUUGAUAUUUGUGUAUGUAUACAAAAUAUUUAAUCUGACUGAGAGCGUCAAAGUAAAAAAAACAUAUCACCUUCCUCCCAGUUAAGCUCCCAGCUAGUAAGAUCCCCACAUACCUUAGAUCAUUUUGUUAGUGCUUUAGGAAGUUCAAUAACUUUCUAAAAGAAAAUUUUACUAAAACACAAAUGCGUUCAUAUCAACUAGAUUCCUGAUCAGAAUCUUUAAUUUGCGUAUUCCUUGUUCAUGUGACGUUUUGAUCAAUUUUAACUGAUGGUAAUUUAAUGACAAAAGAGUAGUGACAGCUAUAACACAACAAGCUGUAGAAAUUUUGCAAACAUCAAUAAAAAUCUAAUAUAUAAAGCUCAGUUCUGUAUGUGGCAAAAAAGUAUGUCGUUGGAAUUUCUACGGAUUUAAGUGUUAAAUCAAUUAUCGUGCGCAGUUGUCUAAAUUUAUGAGUUAAAAAAUUAAUAUUGAAAGUGUUGGAAAAUAAUUUUCAUUUUUCAAAUUAUAGCAUUAAUUGUCGGAAUGGUCAUUAAACGCAAGUUUUAGAAAAAUAUCAUCUUUUACAAAAAUUCUAAUUUUUGUCUUUAUUUAGUCCUAUAGCACUUACUUCCCUUUGAUAAAUUAGGAAAACACAAAUUACUUCCCUUUAUAAAACCAUUGCAUUAGUCUCAUUAGUGUAAAAUAAUUUACUUUUUAUUACUUUGUUUUGGUGUUGGGAAAAAAAAUAAUUACAUAAUUAGCGGGGAUUGAUUAAGUGCAAUGUCGUUAGGUAUUUUUAACACUGCCUUUUAUUUAUUCUAUACACUGAACAUACUGUUGAAUAAUUAUUUUUUUUUAAAAAUCAAUAACAUUUAAUAUAGCCAGGUCCUACAAAUCC